GGUCUCAAUAGUGCAUAUAUAAGUUGGCGUCUUCUGCGACGAGAAACGUUAACGUGAGUGAGUGACGUGAGUGACUGCAUCGGUUAACGUGAGUGAGUGCGGGACGCAGUAGUGGGAUGAUAAUACAGGUGUUGUUGGAGUAAGAAAACAAUCAGCCCUAUUAGGAGACCCAAGAAGAAUUGGAGCGAGCAGGUUCAGUUCAGGUGUGACCGGAUUACGACGCCAUUAAACCAUGCCCGGCGAUUUGAAGGCGAACCAGUUGACAUCCAUGACCUGGAUGCUGCUGAUAUCACUUCUCGUUCUUGUGAUAUGCAUCAACGCACAAGUAACCCCAGGAGGAAAACUGAGUGUCGCUAUGCUGGAUGACCCGUUGAAUCCGAGAGCAAUGACGACCAAGGAUCCUAAUGUUAGGAGACAACUUGCGAUCAAUCCGCCAAAUAAGAAGAUAUUGGCUCAGGCCCGUGUCAUUAAGCAGAUGCUGCGCGCCGCACGAGCCCUGAAGCAACGGGCUCUAAAUGGAAACAUUACCCGCGGGCUGGGUCCGGUAGGACCAGCUGUGUUUGGCAUCUUGUGUCCAGGGGACGUAGUGGCCGAUGAGAUAGACUGCACGGUGAGGGACACCACAGUGCCUUCCAUGGACGGUUCGUGUAACAACUUCGACAACCCGACGUGGGGGAUGUCUGGCAUAGCACUGCGCAGGUUACUGCCUGCUGACUACGAAGACACCGUCGAGGAGCCGAGACUGACGGCCGUAGGAGGGGAGGCUUUGCCAAAUGUGCGACUCGUUAGCACGACAGUACACAUGAAGACGGAGAACAUCGACCCGGCCAUAUCCCUAAUGGUAAUGCAGUGGGGUCAAUUUCUCGAUCACGACAUUACUCUCACGCCCACUCUUGCGGAAGCUUAA